CUGUUGCUUGGCAACUAUAUCUAAGACAUUUAAGCUUCUGCACUCUGUGAACUGUUGAGUCACAAAGUUUGGUGAGCCCAGUCAAUUGCUUCCUGCUACUAGAAGGAAAUUAAUUCUUCAUUAUGCAGAGGACUUGACAAGUUUUCAUCCAGAGCAGGCCAUUCGUAGUUAUGUCACACUUCUUCUACUUGACUCCACAAAUUCUUCUGCCCUUUAGCCCUCUUACUUCUCAAGAGUUUGAUCUGAUCAGACGCAAGGCUGGAGCAUCUUGGCAGGAUGAAACACGAUGGUCAGAUUCUUCCAUGACAACAUACAUAGGCAGUUACCGGAAAAAACAACUGGACAAGUCCACAUGCAGCCAAUUUUCUUUUACAGCAGGACAGCAUCAGCCUGAGUGUAAACAGAUGUCAUUGCCAAACAGUUCUGCCUGUCGUCUUCUCUGCGGGGCUGGUACCCAAGAGACUACAGAUGUCAAAGGACUAUUCCCUGAAAUAACCAGGCCCUUUAAAAAGUCAUUUGAUGUCAAGCAUGGAGUGGCACAUCAAAUUUGGGAUUUUGGUGAUUGUUUUCCAACACCUCCAAAUUAUGGAAAAUACUGUGUAAGACCUAAAAAGCUAGCCCAGGAGGCCCUGAUAAACUACAGUCGACGAGGGAAAGGUGUCCUAAAGCAUCUUCAUGGACGGUGCGAUUCUGAAAGCAAGGUUGGCUCAUCUGAGGAUUCAGAAGCUGAUCGAUACUCUGAUUAUGGCUGGGGAGGACCCUCAUCGCCAUUUAACUGAGUUGGAAAACGAAGCCACAGUGCUGGAGGCGUGGAGUUUGCUUAAUAAACAACUUUGAGGCUGGUCAUGGAACACAGUUCUGGACAAUGAGAUAUAGGUGGUAGUUCCUAUAAAGACUUCUGCCCUUCACUCUGCCUCCUCCUUCUUGGCUGUCUGGAGGUACCGCAGCUCUCUUUCAAUCAUGAAGAUGAAGGCUAUCGAUAACAACGGAGGAGCAGAAAAUAAAAUGGUGGGUCCUUGACGUUUUCCUCAAAUAGCUAUACCAGUCUUGCAUUGCCUAUUUCUGAAUUCUUUAUUAUGGGAGAAAACAAAUCCAUAAUUGGUUAAGUCUCUGUGGUUAAGUUGAACAUGAUUCCAACAAAUAAAGACUUAACGUGUAUAGUUUCAUCCAAUUUUGGCAAUUUAUCUCUAUUAUGCAAAACAAUAUUGGAGUUUGUUAACAGUAUAUUAAGGAGACCAUACAUAAUUAAAACAAUAACUUAUAUUUAUGGAGGACUGACCACUGCAUUAGUCACUAUAUGGUGCAUUUUACACAUAUGUUUAAUAUUUAACCUUAUAGCAGCACUAUGUAUUAAGACACUAUGAUUACCAUUCUUAUUUUACAACAAAACAAAACAAGAAAACAAAAACAGUAUCAAGCUCAGGGUGGCUAAACUCAAGGUCAUCUAGCUGGUAAGUGAUAGCCUUUCCCAAACCCAAAUCUGUCUGACUACAAAGCCCAUACUCUCAACCAUUUAUUACAUUAUACUACAAGACCAAAGAGGAAAAUCUAAUGGUUCUAAUUUAUUUCACGAGAGACAGAUCUUCUGUCUGUUACAAUCUCGAUUUGUUCCGCUGUAAAUUCACCAACCAUAAAGAAGAAGCAUCCGCGAUCACAUAAAUCUAAAGAGAGCUUUAUUGAGGCAACCUAAAUGCUUCCCCCAGGGCCUGCCUGGAGAGAGAAUGGUGGAAUUUGGAGGCUCUGCCUCAUUUCUGUUACCCAAAGCCUCUUUGGCCUCUUCUUUACAUCUUUACAUCUAGUGAGUUGCUGCAUAUGAAAAAUCUGAGCACCAAUUAUGUAAAUUUUAAUCAUAAAACUUAUUUCAGGUCAGCUUUCACUUGCUCCAGAAUGAGACCCUUAUAGUCUGUUCUUUCAACUUUUCCCAGUGAAGAAAAAUAACAGGCAUUCAAGUGCAGAGCUACCUAAAGACUGUAUUAGGUGAUAGCACAUCUUUAAAUCCAAAAGUUAUCUUCUGUAAUUUACUAUAAAGUAUGGGCACAUAUAAGAACACCUUGAGGAAAAACAUUAUCAUUGGGCAAAUACAAGAAUUUCCUCUUUUCUCUUGUUUGUUGUUGAACUGGGUUUUCAAUAUAUAUUAAUAUUUACUGAGUAAAUGAGGAAAGGAAUAAACGAAAUGAAAAGAGCAGAUCACUAUAAUUAAAAAUUUAACGAUUCUAAAAUACUCUAAUAUUCUAGAAAUACUCUGAGUUUAGAAAGUAAAUCCAGACUUUCUAAAAUACUAAAAUUUUAAUGUUAAUUUACUCCUGAAAUUUUGCAAUGUGCUAUGCAUCAUACCUAUAGAAUACUGAAUAUAUUUCUUUUUAAAAUUCAAGUCACAGUCAUUUCCAAAUAUUAUUCAAGUAAGCCUCUAGGGAUUCUGCAGUUAUCUUCACUAAGAUUGGAAUCCACUGGUAUUCUCAAUUAUUCUAGUCUUCUUUUCUUAUGAACAAGCCUUGAUCAUAUCAACCCUUCCUUUAAAGAUUUCUAAAUUUCCUUAAAGCCCUUAUCAGCUCCCAGACACUGCAAUAUUCUUGUGUGACGACAUCCAGUUUCAAAUUUUCAGUCUUCCUCUUUCUCUGCUCCUAACCUAUUGAAUUUUGUAUUAACAGAAAAUAUAACUAUUCUACUUUGCCUUUCUCCUGACCUUGGGUUUUAGCACAUUAUAACAUUUUUGUUAGUUGAUGGCAGAUUUAACAUUUUAAAGCAACAGUGGUCACAAAUAUUUUUUCUCUUUGAUCCAGAAAUCCUACCUAUUUGAUUAGGCAGAGUUACAUGUUUUUAUAUGAUGGGAAUUUCUGUUUGUUGAUUUAUGUAAUCAUUUUUCCUCAGGUGGGCAAUCACAGACACGGGACUGGGAAAUACUUUGUGUCUUAGUUCAUUCAGGCUGCUAUAACAAAACACUGAAUGGCUUAUAAACCACAGAAAUGUUUUUCUCAUAGUUCUGGAGGCUGAGAAGUCCAAGAUCGAGGCACUGGCAGAAUCAGUGUCUGGGAAGGUCCUGCUUCCUCACAGACAGCCAUCUUCUCACUCCACCCUCAGACGGCAGAAGAGGCAAGGGGUCUUUUAUAAGGGCCUCUUUUAGAGGGGCACUAAUCCUAGUCAUGAGGGCUCCACUCCCAAGACCUAAGCACUUCCCAAAGGCUCCACCUUCUAAAUAGCAUCACUUUAGGGGUGAGGAAUUUAAUAUAUGAAUUGAAAUGGGGGGACAUAAACAUUUAGACCACAGCACUUUGUUAGCUAGGAGAGGAGGAAAGGGAUUAUUAGCAUUUUCCUAUGAAUGUAUGUCAUAAUGACUGGCAGCACUGAUAAUUAGUUACCAGUAAUAAUAAGUAGCAUAGUUGGCAUAUAUUUUUUUUAUAUAAAUAAAAUAGGCCAUCUCUAUUAUAUCAUUCUCAGUAAUUUGAAUACACACAUACUUUCUUUAAUGGUUGAGAAAACUUUGGAUUUAGGUGUAGCUGAAAGAGGAAUUAUACAUGUGAAUAGCUAAGAUUUAUUUAGCACUGAUUUUACUCUGUGCACUGUGCUAAGGCUACAGGUUUUACUUACAUAAUUUCAUUUAAUCCUCUUAACAAAAGAUUAAGGUUGGUCUCAUUAUCCUUAUUUUAUAGAUGAGACAAAUCAAGGUGCAGAAUUGAUUAAGAAAUCAGCUUGUUCUUACAUAGCUGGUAAGAGGGAGAGCCAGGAUUAAACCCAGGAUGCCCAACUAGGAAGCGCAUGUACUCUACAGCUUUCCUUACACUGCACACAACUCUAGUUGUGUCCAUGGGGUAUGUCAUUCCUCUUUGCAAAAACCUCUACUUUCUGUGACAAAGUAGAUAAAGGCUGAUAGCCUUGAGGCUGAGCUUCUGGCCUCAAGAUUUCUAUGAGAUGGUGACCUCGUUUUGGACCUGGUGCUAAGGAGGCCAAUACCAUGUGUUAAAUGUUUCUCUUUCCUAGGUGGCAAGUGCUGCUGCAUUUCAUGGCCUCAGAUCAAAAUACAACCUCAUUAGCUGCUGUGAACACAAUGUUCCUGUUGAAGAAUGGAAUGGAGUUAAGAGUGUAGAAGGUCUGAUGUAAAUUUACUCCUACUCCAAAUGCAUAUCCUAUUGACAAAGAGUUUGAACUAUUGCAUUUGUAUAUGAAAGUCAGGGCAUUCUAUUGUUUUCAGUUGUCACAAGGGAAAAAAAAAAGAAAAAGAAAGAAAUGGCAUUACUACUGUCAAUAUAAAUAAAUGAAAAAUCUAAGCUACUUCUAUUUGUCAUUUCAGGAUUGGGAAAUGGACUUUUGGCCCACAAACCAGAAAUAUAUAUAUCCAACAGCCCAGGAAUAGACAUAUAAUUUUUUUUUUUUUUUUUAAGAUACAGGGUC